AUGUCAGAUCGAGAAAGGGAGCGAGAGCGAGAACGUCGCGAAAGGGAACGGCGCGAGAGAAGGAGGUCGAAAUCCAGAGAACGAAGACGUAGUAGAAGCAGAAGUCGAAGCAGGAGCAGAUCACCCCGCCGUGAUAAAGACAGGAAACGUAGCGACAAAUAUAAGGACAAGGAAAAGGAGAAAAAGAAGGAUGAAGUUGAAAAGAAAAAGCAGGAGAAGGAUAUCACUGCCAUUGUGGAAAUGGAUAAGAAUGAGGCAGGCAGUGAACUAGAGCGUAUCAUGGAAGAACGACGAAGAAAAGUGGAAAUAUGGCGUGCUCGACGCAAUAAAGCGGCGAAUGCAGCUGAGCAAGCUGAGAAGGAAGAGGCAAACGGAGGUGAAAAAACAGAGAAAAAAUGGACUCUCGAAGAUGACGAUGAUGACGAAUUGGAAGAUCUUGGAAUUAAUCUGAAAGAAGAGAUCAAGGAAGAAAAAGUUGAGGAGAAGAAACCGGCUCCAACAGAAGAAGAUGAAGAGGAUCCUCUGGAUGCUUUUAUGGAUGGAAUAAAGAAAGAUUUGCAAAAAGCCCGACCAGCGGUGGGUGGUGUGCGAGUUGUAACUAUAAAUGCAUCAAAAGAGAAAGACAAAGGACUUGUUCUUGAGAAUGAGGACAGAUCAGAUUUUGUCGUAGAAGAUAUCGACAUGGAACAGGCCGCUGCGAGUCUUUGUCAUAAAGGUCGAAUGUUACCGGUAACGGAUCACUCCAAGGUGUAUUACAGGCCUUUCCGCAAAGAUUUUUAUGUGGAGACACCUGAAAUUGCCAAAAUGACAAAAGCUGAAGUUCGCGCUUAUAGAGAAGAGUUGGACGGUAUCGAAGUUAAAGGAAACAAAUGUCCGAAGCCAAUAAAGACGUGGGCGCAGUGCGGUGUCGAAUUUAAGAUACUGCAGCAGCUGAAGAAGCACAACUACGCUAAACCUACGCCGAUCCAAGCACAAGCAAUUCCUUGCAUUAUGGCCGGACGUGAUCUAAUUGGUAUCGCAAAGACAGGAUCAGGAAAAACGCUUGCUUUUCUGUUACCAAUGUUUCGACACAUUCUUGAUCAACCUGAGUUGGAGGAACUAGAUGGACCUAUCGCGCUUAUCAUGUCUCCCACUCGAGAACUUGCCAUGCAGACUUGGAAAGAAGCGAAUAAGUUUGCCAAAGUUCUCGACAUUCGCGUUGUUUGCGUGUACGGUGGUGUAGGCAUAUCGGAGCAGAUUGCUGAUCUGAAGCGUGGGGCUGAGGUGAUUGUUUGUACACCAGGAAGAAUGAUCGACAUGCUUGCAGCAAAUAGCGGAAAAGUUACAAACUUACGUCGUGUCACUUAUCUGGUGUUAGAUGAAGCAGAUAGAAUGUUUGAUAUGGGUUUCGAACCACAGGUAAUGAAAAUUAUCAAUAACAUUCGUCCGGAUAGACAAACAGUACUGUUUUCCGCGACUUUCCCUCGUCAAAUGGAAGCGCUAGCAAGGAAGAUUCUUGAAAAGCCUAUUGAAAUUCUGGUCGGUGGCAAAAGUGUGGUCUGUGCUGACAUUACUCAAAACGCUGUGAUCUGUGAGGAGCAUCAAAAGUUAUUGAAACUGUUGGAACUUCUUGGCAUUUAUUAUGAGCAAGGAAACGUGCUUGUCUUUGUCGACAAACAAGAGAAGGCUGAUGAUAUUGUUGCCCAGUUAAUGCGUAAUGGGUACUCUUGUGCACCCCUACAUGGAGGAAUUGAUCAAUUUGACAGAGAUUCCACGAUCACCGAUUUUAAAACUGGUCAAAUAAAGAUAUUGGUUGCCACUUCUGUCGCCGCACGUGGUUUAGAUGUUAAAAACCUCAUAUUAGUCGUGAACUACGAUUGUCCUAAUCACUACGAAGAUUAUGUGCACAGGGUUGGGAGAACUGGACGAGCUGGCAACAAAGGAUACGCCUACACUUUCAUUCUUCCCGAGCAUCAAGAGCGCAUGGCUGGCGAAGUUUGCCGAGCGUUCGAAACUGCUGGUGCUAAACCUCCAGCCGAUCUCAAGGCUAUGUUUGAGAAAUUCAAAGCGGAGAUGGCUGCUCAAGGGAAAGAAGUUCAUCUGGGAGGAAAAGGCUUUGCUGGAAGUGGCUACAAAUACGAUGAGGAUGAGGCAGAAGCAGAUGCUACGAAGAAGAAGAUGACACGUCUGGUUUGCGGUAUGGAGCAUGGUGCCGAUGACGAUGAUGAGUUGGAUGAGCAGCUUACAAUGAUGAUCAAAUCAAAACGAAGAGUGGUGGAGGGGCAAUAUGGUGCAAACGGUAAAAAGCAUUCUGAUGUAGAGGAUAAGGUGGCCAAGGCAAAAGCGAUGGCGGAGAAGUUAGCAACUCUGAGAAACCUCAACGCACCGGCUGAGAAGGAUGCAGCACAAAAGGCAGCUGAAGCUAUCAUGAAGGGAGGUGACAUCGCACCUAUUGAAAUGACUUCAAAGAUGAUUGCAAAGCAACUGGCAGAUAAGCUGAAUGAAAAACUUAAUUAUCUGGGAGGUGAGGCUUUACCGACGACUAGCCAGGAGGAAGAAUGGCAAUACUUUGAGGAGGAACUUGACAUCAACGACUUCCCGCAGCAAGUACGAUACCGUGUUUGCAGUAGGGAGUCAUUAGGCCAUAUCUCUGAAUUUGCUGAUGUUGGCAUUUCGGUGAAAGGCUCACAUUAUCCGCCAGGAAAGGAGCCAAAAGAUGGAGAAAGAAAGCUGUAUUUAUUGCUGGAAGCUCGACAUGAAAGGAAUUUAAAAUGUGCAAAGGAAGAAAUUGUCCGGAUAAUGAAAGAAGCAUUCCGACAAUUGACAGCCCAGAUGCAGCGUGGUGGACCAACCGGCCGGUACAAAGUGUUUUAAAGGAAUUACGAUAUUCGGAAAGUCUUUUAUAUCGUCUGUCAUAUUGUGCUUGUGAAAUA